AUGGGCACGGUGCUGUCCCUUUCCCCUGCCUCCUCGGCCAAGGGCCGGCGGCCCGGCGGACUGCCGGAGGAGAAGAAGAAGGCGCCGCCCGCGGGGGACGAGGCGCUGGGGGGCUACGGAGCGCCGCCGGUGGGCAAGGGCGGCAAAGGCGAGAGCCGGCUCAAGCGGCCGUCCGUGCUCAUCUCCGCUCUCACCUGGAAGCGCCUGGUGGCCGCGUCCGCCAAGAAGAAGAAAGGCAGCAAGAAGGUGACGCCCAAGCCGGCGUCCGCGGGCCCCGACCCCCUGGUCCAGCAACGCAACCGCGAGAACCUUCUCCGCAAGGGCCGGGACCCCCCCGACGGCGGCGGCGCCGCCAAGCCCCUGGCCGUCCCGGUGCCCACCGUGCCCGCGGCCGCCGCCGCCGCCGCCACCUGCGAGCCGCCGUCGGGGGGCAGUGCGGCCGCCCCGCCGCCAGGCUCCGGCGGGGGGAAGCCGCCGCCGCCGCCGCCCCUCGCCCCGCAGGCGGCGCCGCCGGUGCCCGGCGGUUCGCCGCGGCGGGUCAUCGUGCAGGCGUCCACCGGCGAGCUGCUGCGCUGCCUGGGCGACUUCGUGUGCCGACGCUGCUACCGCCUCAAGGAGCUGAGCCCCGGCGAGCUGGUGGGCUGGUUCCGCGGCGUGGACCGCUCGCUGCUGCUGCAGGGUUGGCAAGACCAGGCCUUCAUCACGCCCGCCAACCUGGUGUUCGUGUACCUGCUGUGCCGAGAGUCGCUGCGCGGGGACGAGCUGGCGUCGGCCGCCGAGCUGCAGGCCGCCUUCCUCACCUGCCUCUACCUCGCCUACUCCUAUAUGGGCAACGAGAUCUCCUACCCGCUGAAGCCCUUUCUCGUGGAGCCCGACAAGGAGCGCUUCUGGCAGCGCUGCCUGCGCCUCAUCCAGCGGCUCAGCCCCCAGAUGCUGCGGCUCAACGCCGACCCUCACUUCUUCACGCAGGUCUUUCAAGACCUCAAGAACGAGGGCGAGGCCGCCGCGGGCGCCGGGGGUCCACCCAGCGGGGGCGCGCCCGCCGCCCCCUCGGCCGCCAGGGACAGCUGCGCGGCCGGACCCAAGCACUGGACUAUGAACCUGGACCGUUAG